UACCCCGGAAGCACAGCCUCAGGGCCGUAACCAGCUGGUUGUGGGUUCGGGUACAUGAAAAAGCCGACUGCUAAAAUCUAGCCUAGAAGUGGAAGACGGAAGAGUCGUAGAUCUAAUUUUAUUUUAUCACGGUCAUUGAACGAAGUAGAAUCGCCAGUUCCAGUGAGGCGUAGAACAAGCCUGAACAAGGGAGUUAACUUCCAACUGAAGUGAAUAAGGAAAUAUUCUACACCUCCUGGAUUACACUUAAAUUACUCAUAGCGGGGAGUCCCUUGCAUAAAGGAUCACAGCACAAUGGAUCUUGUCUUGAAUGUAGCAGACCACUAUGCCUUCACUCCAUACUUGUAUCCGGAGACGUGGAAAGAGGACGACCCCCUCCGACAGAUUGCGUCCCUGUUGAUCAUUGCCAACAUUGGAGGCUAUCUCUUGUACUUCAUUGUGGCCACCUUCAGCUACUACACUAUCUUCGAUCAUCGACUUUUGAAGCACCCGCAAAUUUUGGAGAACCAAGUGCGGAAGGAAAUAACAGUCACGGUGACGUCAGUUCCUUUCAUGAGUCUCCCCACUGUCUUGAUGUUCUUCCUGGAGGUCAGAGGUUUCAGCAAACUCUACGACAACGUCCAAGAUACAAGGCUGGGCUAUGCGGGUGUGUUCCUGAGCAUGUUCACCUUCAUCGCCUUCACUGACAUGUGCAUCUACUGGAUCCACCGCUUCCUGCACCACAAGCUAGUCUACAAGCAUCUGCACAAGCUGCACCACAAGUGGAAGGUACCGACGCCGUUUGCCAGCCACGCCUUCCACCCUCUGGACGGCUUUCUGCAGAGUCUGCCCUACCAUGUCUACCCUUUCCUGUUUCCCUUGCAUAAGGUGACCUAUCUUGGCUUGUUUAUCUUCGUCAACAUCUGGACCGUGUCCAUCCACGACGGAGACUACCGAGUGCCCAAUCUGCUCAAGCCAUUCGUCAACGGCAGCGCCCACCACAUGGACCACCACGUCUUCUACAACUACAACUACGGACAGUUCUUCACCCUCUGGGACCGGAUCGGCGGCUCUUUCCGAAACCCGAGUUCCUUCGAGGGCAACGGGCCUCUAGACCAGAUCUUAGGUCAGGAGAAAACAAGUAAAGUAGAAAACGGGAAGUCAAAGGCUGCCAAUGGAGUUCAUCAAAAUGGCGGGAAAUCCCUUCGUCCGAAGAAGACCGAUUAAGUUAUUCCUCAGUUGAAAAUUUUAUCAAAAACUAUUAUUUUUAAAGUGUCUCUAUUGGGUCAUGCUCAAUUAUGAAUAUGUCUGUACUCCUGCAGAGAUCGGCCGAAGAUGUGUUGUCAGCGUCGCAAAAAAAAUUGGAUCCUCUGUUUGAUCCUGCUAAAGCAUUAGUUUCUUGUCUUUCUUAGGACGUUGAUGAUGUGUUCUUGCUAUAAAGUCAUUUGAAAUGUCUUGGCUUUGGUUGUCCCUGGCAUAAAAUAAUGGGCAUGCCUUAAAUAAUUUGGUGAAUUUAAAGGCAAGAUUUAUCUGAAAUCAAGAAAACUUUUGUUCAGAAACAAAAUUUUGAUUUAUGGUAGAAAUCAAGAGUCUGUGUAUUGUAAAAAAAAAUUUUGUUAAAUUUCUUUUGGUGUAUUUUAACUUUUGAAACUUUUACUUUUGUCUCAAACUUAUUUUUUUUAAAUGCUGCUUUACUUUUACUGUAAUUUUUUUUAUCAAAACGAGAUAAAAUAAUGCAACAGGA